AUGUCUUCUAUCGUCAACGAGAUCAAGCAGAAAGUCGUUGGCACCUCGACCCCCCAAGGCCAACAUCUCGCCGCCCUCCUGACAUCAAAGGGCUCUGCUCUCGAACGUGAUCUCGGCUUCUUCAUUGCCUCCUAUCCCGCCAUCCCAGGCUCCGACGUCGCAGGAAUCGUCAUCUCCGCGGGCUCCUCCGUCCCCACUGACGCCCCCAAACCAGGUACCCGUGUCCCUGCCUUUGCGCCUUGUUUCUUCGUGCAGGGCGCGCCAGACUACGGCGCGCUUCAAACACGGGUUCUUGUCCCAGCUGUGAAAACUGUGGAGUUGCCUGAGGGCAUGGCCUUUAACGAGGCGAGUCUGCUGCCCAUGGCGGUCGUGACAGCAUGGUCUGGAUGGUACCCUAUAGGUUUACCUCGCGACACUUCGUACACAGCGCCGGGUAAGCAGGGGAUGCUGGUAUGGGGUGGCGCGAGUAGUAUCAGCAGCGCAGCGAUCCAGGUUGCUAAGAUGAUGGGGUUCAAAGUUUACACGACCGCGAGCGAGAAACAUCACGAGUAUCUAAAGGAAUUAGGAGCUAGCAAGACGUUCUAUUAUAAAGAUGAGCGUGUAGUGGAGAACAUUAUCAAGGCGGCAAAGGUGGACGGGGUGACCAUUGACAAUGGCUUCGAUGCGGUUGGGCAGUUGCCAUCGAGUGUGGAAAUCUUGAAAGCAUUAAAGGGGGAGAAGACUGCGAAACUGGCGUCUGCCACCCAUAUACCGGAAGAUACGCCAAAGGUGGAGGGUGUAGAGGCGAAAUUUGUUGCCGCUCCGCUGGAUGAGCGGGAGAGGACAGAGUUUUUUUCAUUUCGUUUUUAG